AUGAAUGCAUUCAUCCUAUUCUCAAGUGAACGCCGACCGGAAUUGCAAAAGAACGAUCCCAAUAUGCAGACCGCUCAAGUCAGUAAAAUUCUGGGUGAGGAAUGGAAGAGCAUGGAUACGUCUCGAAAAGAGCAUUAUAAUGUGAGGGCGAAACAACUUAAGGAUGAAUUCAAACAAUUAAAUCCCGACUUUGUUUACACACGUCGCGGCGCCUCGAACGCUGCAAAGAAGAGAAAUUCGACUUCAUCCACAUCCUCCACCAAAUCUCCGACCACCUCGAUAGCGGUUCCACCACAGGCUACCAGCGUGCCAAUU